AUGAGACCGUCACACCAGCAGCCCUUCGUGGAGCUCCUACUGUUUUCUCUUAUUUCAAGCCACCUAUGUGAGAUCUGUGAGGUAAGUGAACGUAACAAUUUCCGUCUGGAUCCUCUGCUCAAUGCAAUGACCAAGUCAAAUUACAUCAGAGGAACCGAGUCUGCCAAUGUCCUGUUUUCUCUCAGACUUGUUGGGAUCCUGAACCAAACCCUGAUCCAAGGGCUCUCCCAGCAAGUCAGAAGUUAUGCAGAAGGUAGAGAGAUAAAUUUAAGUUCAGGACAGCUUGCUUUGAUUAUAAUGGCUCUGGGAGCAUGUCAUACGCAAGAUGAAAACUUUAUAGGCAAGCAUCACCUGGUUGACCAUCUAGAAAAUAAAUUCCAAGCAGAAAUUAAAAAUAUGGAAGAACACAAUGGCAGUCCGCUGACUAACUACUACCAGCUCAGCCUGGAUGUUUUGGCCUUGUGCCUGUUCAAUGGAACAUAUUCACCCACGAAAGUUGCUGGUUUAUUUGCUCCUGAAAAUGAAAACUAUUAUUUUCAUGGACAGUUUUCAGUAGGUACUGGUGCAAUGGCUGUCCUGGCUCUGACAUGUGUGAAGAGAAGGCUAGGAAAAGAGCAGACCAAAGCAGAUGAAGAUCUAAAGCAUACAGAAAAUAACAUACGGACACUGGUAAAAAAGAUUCUGUCUAAGAAAAAAGAAAAUGGUCUCAUUGGAAACACAUUUAGUACAGGAGCAGCUAUGCAGGCCCUCUUUGUCUCAUCAAGCUAUUAUAAUGAAAGUGAUUGGAACUGCCAACAAACUCGGGACACAAUACUUAAGGAAAUUUCUUUGGGAAUAUUCAAAAACCCAGAUGCUGCAGCCCAAAUCUUACCUUCCCUGCUUGGAAAAACCUACUUGGAUGUUAACCAAGCCUCUCCUUGUGCCCAUCUUUUAGGUAACAUCAACAUCUCUAUUCAAGAGCCUCAGCCUGUAGCUCCAAACUCAUCAUCAUAUAUCUCAGUCCAUUACUCGGUGAAAAUCAAUGAAACAUAUUCCACUGAAGUCAAUGUGUCGAGAGGUUCUGUCUUCCUAGAAGUUAUGGAGGAGGCUCAGAAAGAAAAUAAGACUAUAUUUGGUUUCACAGUGGAGCAGAGUUCAUGGGGCCCUUAUGUCACUUCUGUUCAGGGCCUAAGGGCCAACAAUAAUGACAAGACCUACUGGGAAAUUAUGAGUGGAGGCAAACCACUGGACCAAGGAAUUGGUAGCUAUGUUGUCCAUAAUGGAGAAAACUUGGAGGUCCGCUGGAGCACAUACUAA